GGUCUCGGGCCCUCAGGCGGAGCGGCGGGCGCCGGACCCCCAGGCGGAGCGACAGGUCUCGGGCCCUCAGGCGGAGCGGCGGGCGCCGGACCCCCAGAUGGAGCGACAGGUCUCGGGCCCUCAGGCGGAGCGGCGGGCGCCGGACCCCCAGGUGGAGCGACAGGUCUCGGGCCCUCAGGCGGAGCGGCGGGCGCCGGACCCCCAGGUGGAGCGACAGGUCUCGGGCCCUCAGGCGGAGCAGCGGGCGCCGGACCCCCAGGCGGAGCGGCGGGCGCCGGACCCCCAGGCGGAGCGACAGGUCUCGGGCCCCCAGGCGGAGCGGCAGGCGCCGGACCCCCAGGUAGAGUGACAGGUCUCGGGCCCUCAGGCAGAGCGGCGGGCGCCGAGUCAUCUGGCACGACAGUGGGCUCCGAGUCAACUGGCAUGACCGCUGGCACUGGGUCAGACAUUGGAUCGUCUGGCUGGACAGCGGCAUCGGGUCACACCCGGCAUCAGGUCAUUUGGCUCGAC